UCGGCGCUCACUGGUGGCCACUUCUCUGCCUUCAGACUGACAGUGGCUCAGACGGUGGGGACUUCACACAUUUCGCAGCCAGCACUCUUGUUAGUCACACUGAAUCUCUGGCCGGGCUCGGAUGUGUCGUCUGAUUUGCUAACAAGUGUGCGCUUGCUGAAAACUGGACGGACUGUUGGAGUGCCAAAAACAAUAGCGUUUCCAGUUUUGUUGUCUUUAGUCAUCCAAAUUGAAUCACUUUUCCUUUCAACCUCGUGAACCACGCUAAAUCGUGUGAGACUAAUUUUUUGAGGUGCUCAACGGCCCCACAAUGAAGGGAUGGUUUGACGCCUUCCGAGACGAUGGCGGCCCCACUUUGUACUCCUUCUCAAAUCGAACCCCCGUGACCGGAGAUGUCUCCAUUGUGGCCGUCUCUGUACUCUUCACGACCAUCUAUGUGGCCUUCCUGGUCAUCUUUCCAGGUGUGAGAAAACAACGAUUCACCACCUUCACGACCGUGACACUCAGUCUCUUCGUCGGCCUAGUCAUAUUAGUUACACGCUUGGGAUCUGCCUGGCACGUGGCGCACUCGAGCAUUUUGGCGCCAUAUAAGGCCUUCUCACGAGAAAAACUUCCUGCUCGGAUGGGAGCUCACAUUGGACUGAUGCACGUGAACAUUACCCUCACAGCACUUCCCAUUGGGAAUUGGACCCCACCGGACAUUGACUUCAACGAGAGGUUCAGCUGGGACGCCGCUGACGACAUGGGUCAAUCCUACAAGAACUCCCUGCGCCGCGGACUGCCCUAUCCCAUCCUCACCGUGGCGGAGUACUUCAGCCUGGGCCAGGAGGGAUUCGCAUGGGGCGGCCGCUACCGAGCCGCCGGCUACUACGCCAGCAUCCUGCUCUGGGCAUCGCUGGCCUCGUGGCUGCUCAUGAAUCUGCUGCUCAUUGCUGUGCCGCGCUACGGCGCCUACAUGAUGUCCCUCACGGGCGCGCUCCUCGUGGCCACGGAUAUCGGGUACUACCUGCUGCUGCCCAAGAGGCCCCUCAGCAUCAUUGUGGAAGGUGGCCACUUGCAGUUCCAUCUUGGAUGGUGUUACUGGCUCGUUCUAGUCGCAGGAACCAUGUGCCUUUUCGUAGGAUUAAUCAUAUCUGCCAUAGAUCUGGUGUGGCCACACACCUUCUCCACCAUCCUGGAAGUGUACUACGACACACCCUACGAUCGCCAUGUGAUCCUCGAGGAGUCGCACGACGUGCGCUACCGCAAGAGGAACAGUAAGGGUCUGGAGGAGCCGCCUGGACUGGGUUCUCGCAUCCUGCGACGCCUGUCGUCCAAGACCAGCCAGCUGGCGGGUGUGGAGAACAAGGGUUUCCAGGGCGAAGUGCCCAAGUCCCCGUGGCGCUAUCCCUUCCGCCGUGCCCAGCUCCAGACAAACGGACGGUCGGCUGUGCAGCGGACUCUCUCGCAGGACUCCAUGUCGAGCAUUGCUUCAGCCGCUGGUAAUCCACCAAAUAUGCACAAAGUGGCUCUAUCGCGAGUCCUGCCGAAGCCGCCUUUGGAACGAACCAGGGAAUUGUCGAACUGGUGAAUUUGAACAAGAUUGAAGACUUUGUGAUAUUUCAUUGACUCUCAAACGAUCUGUUAAUUUAUGUUUUAGGAAGUCUACAAAUUAGAAAAUAAAAAUUUUAAAAUUGAGAAUACAA